AUGUUCAGGAGAGAUACCGAAGAGAACAGCACCGAUAGAUGGGAACAUUGCACCCGCCUCAUACGCCAGCGGAUGCGUGACAUCUUCUGGGUCGGGGUGAUUUACCUCGCUAGCGAAUUGCUCAUAUGGAGUCUCUUCCUGGGUCUGUACGAAUAUCGACUUGACUACCUGUCGCCCAUCAUUGGUAUGGUGGUGGUGUUGUGUUUCAUGUUCGCGAUUUCAUGUCUUUGUCCCAGGUCAGAGAGCUUCUACCACCGCCACAUCAAGUGCAAGGUCGACUUCAUCAAUAGCAACUUGGGCAUUGGCUUUCCAGUGCCCAUCGUCACGAUUACUCAGGAUAGACUGCUUGGCGGUAAGGGUAUCGGAAGAGUAAUUGGCAACUUUGUGAACACCAACGUCGUCUUUUGGACAUUGAUUUUCCUGCUCUCUUGGGGCAUCCUGGCCGGGAUCCUCAGGAUCCCAGCUCUUUCCCUACGCGGAUCUGAAAAGAACAGCGACGUUGACACCGAAGUCGACCAUCCAGGACACUCCGGCGGGCAAGACACACUCACACCGCGCAUCGAGAUGCCCCCUCCAACCCUCAGCCGCAGGCCAUCAGAGUCAACGACCCUGAACGGAACCACGAUCAACGGAUACCAUACCGAUAAGGAAGCGGGACUGGGUCCAGAUUCGAGGACCGUCUCGGCCUACUUCACCGACAGUGACUGCCCAACCCCUGUACCACCUCCGAGCCCACUGGGUAACUAUCAAAACCGAGCAUCGCUUUCAAGCUCGCAACAGCCACAAGUCUCGAGCGGAGAGGGUACCCAAAGGUUCACUUGGUUCAAGGAGUGCUACCCAAUUAUCCUAUCAAUUUUGCUCCUACUCACCGUAGGCAUCCCUGUCUCGUAUUCCCUAGGCGAUGACCGCAUCCUCGAUGGGUGCAUGCUGUGGUUCACCUGGAUCAGCAGCACCAGACUGCAACGCAAUUUUGGACGCAGCGACAUCCUCUCUAACGUACAAGGGCUCAAGACGACAAUCACGACACUCCUCAACCCAGUCCUCCUGAUGACCCUCGGCAUGAUAGCCUACACGCGCGCCAAGGCCGCCGCUACGGACACGCCCAUCAAGCAAACGUUGGCCCAGUUCGCGUGCAGUAAUACUCUUUCUCGCAUCUGGACUUCAAAGGUAUCGAAAUCUUAUAUCCGGAGCGACUGGUUCGGCGCCGGCGAUGCGGCCAUCUCUAUCCUUGAGGUCGGCAUCGUUGUUUGGGGAUUCAAGCUCUAUGAGUGUCGGAAGCAAAUUUGGUCUCGCGCCGGCGCAGCCGUGGUUGUUCUCUCGGCUGCCUUUGCGGCACUCAACGUCUUUGUGUCGGUCCUGCUCGGUAGAGCAGUUGGUCUCGGGCCUCGCGAGGCGCUCUCCUUUGCAGCGCGCUGCACAACGCUGGCGCUGGCGCGACCUGCGAUAGAGGCGGUCUACGGUAACGAGGUCGUUACCGCGGCACUGGUGGUGAGCAACGGCAUAUUCGGGCAGCUAAUGUACCCGUUCAUGUUGAGGAAGCUGGGAUUUGGCUCGACUAAGGAGUUGCACGUUGACGUUGAUGUAGACGAAGAAGAAGAGAGGCAGAGAGACGAUGCGCUUACCAUUGGAGUAGGAACGGCGAUUGGUAUCAACGGCGCGGCCAUGGGCGUCUCGUAUCUCUAUGAGAGGAAGAGCCGGGCCGCGCCUUAUGCUGCCCUCUCGAUGACCGUUUUUGGUAUCUUUACAGUCGUCUUCAGCGCGGUCGAACCGUUUACGACUACCUUGAUGAAGCUGGCUGGCAUAGGACCGGACAGGCUCCCGUAUGGCGAGGUAUCUUGA